AUGGGAAUUACGUUCCACAUCCGGCGGCCAAAUCCGCGAUCGCAAACGAUCACUGUACUAGCAGGUACGCAAAAAAGUGAAAAAAAAAUGGGGAGAUCAACAACAUCAAAGGAUGCCCAAGCACUUUUUCAUUCUCUUCACUCUGCGUAUGUGGCAACUCCCACUAAGCUCAAGAUCAUCGAUUCGUAUAUUAUGUUUGCAGUUGUCACUGCUGUAAUUCAGGUAGUUUACAUGGCUAUUGUUGGAUCAUUCCCUUUCAACUCUUUUCUUUCAGGGGUACUUUCAUGUAUAGGGACUGCAGUUCUUGCUGUUUGUCUACGUAUACAAGUGAACAAAGAAAACAAGGAAUUCAAGGAUUUACCUCCAGAACGCGCAUUUGCAGAUUUUGUUCUCUGCAAUUUGGUGCUUCACUUGGUUAUCAUGAACUUCCUCGGAUAG